AUGCCUUCCUUCACCAAAGGCCGCCGCUGCUCGCUCGCUCAGCUACUUCUCCGUCCAGCAGGUCCAGUGCCCCCGGUGCCCAUCGGGCCCAUCUCACCGUCGUUGGCGCAGUUGCAGGCUUCGCCGUCGAGGUCACUGGUGCCGUCCCGAAGUGAACUCGGAGACUGCACCGACGACAGACGCCGCAGUGUGGCCGGCGGUCUCCGUGCCCCGCAUGCUCAAGGCGCGCCCCAUCUUGACUGGCCGCCAGGCACUCCCCAACCGCCCCCGAGGGUGUGCCCCAGUUUGAGUUCGACAGGCAUCCGCAUCAGCGGUCUUCCUGCUACCUGCAUGAACCUUGCUACUGUUCUUGAUGGCGACGCUUCUGGUGGACCCCCCACACCUUGCGGCUCUGACUGCCUGCUGUACAACAACCUCAGUGCCGCCGAGUACAACAACCUGCGCGGUAUCUUGAACGACUGCCGGCAGCUUAGGUCUUCUCUCGACUGGAUGUAUGGUAGGGAGGCAGAGGGCUGAAGCCAUUGGGACUGGCACCGAUUUUCUAAGAGGUUAUUUUGUUCCUGUCGCUCAUUUGUUGCAUGUUUUCGAGGAUGUACUGCGCAGUUCAGCUUGGUGUAGGUAGCAGGUAGCAGAGCCGGUCGUUGCCCAGGUACACAAUACCACUACGCUGGCGUAGAAACCAAUGUUCC